CAGGGUUCAGAAUUGACAACGCGCACCUCCCUGACCUUCAUCUGCUAAACGCUACGCUACGAUGGUAUAUCAAAUGAAGCCGAACACGCUAUACCUGGUGACAGAUUCUGGAUUGCUCUCCUCAUCUGCUGAAUCACUCGAGGCACAUGUGGAAAAAGCCAUUCAAGGCGGUGUUGACCUGGUUCAGCUGCGUGAAAAAGACGCUGAUACAGCUGAAUUCAUUGAAAAGGCUCGUAAAGUCGGUGCUGUCUGCAAGAAGCACAAUGUGCCGUUUCUGAUCAAUGACCGAGUUGAUGUUGCUCUGGCUGUUGAUGCAGAUGGCGUCCAUGUCGGCCAAGACGACAUGCCGUGUACUUUGGUUCGUCAGCUCCUCGGACAAGGCAAAAUCAUUGGCGUUUCGUGCAACACGAUUGAGGAAGCAGAGAAGGCGGUUGAGAAUGGAGCUGACUAUCUCGGCAUUGGCCCCGUCUACGACACAAGCACAAAGGAGCUUACGAAGCCAACACUUGGCGUUUCCGGAGUGCAAGCCAUUCUGGCUCAUCUCGAGACGCUCGAUAGGCAAGUUGGAACAGUUGUGAUUGGUGGACUCAAUGCAAGUAACAUUGAUCGCGUGCAUCACACGUCAUCUACCAAGGGCAAGAGACUCGAUGGCGUUGCUGUUGUUUCAGUAUUGAUGACAUCGAGUGACCCCGAGCGCGUUGCUGCAGGAUUGAAAGGACUGCUGACUGAUGAGCCUGCAUUUAAACAGGCCCAGAAGACCAGUUUGCUGUCUACAACAGACUUGACAGCAAAGACUGCUGCUAUCCUCUCCAGCAUUCGCCAAAAGUCGCCACUCAUCCACCACCUCACGAAUAACGUGGUCAAGAACUUUUCAGCCAAUGUGACAUUGGCUAUCGGGGCCAGUCCUAUCAUGUCAGAGAUCAAGGAGGAGGCCGAAGACUUGGCCAAGGUGAAUGGUGCUCUACUUGUCAACAUGGGUAUGUUGAGAGAUGCAUCAGAGACUUGCCUGACGAUUGCUGCCAACAACCGUCUCGGUAAGCCUGUCAUUUUCGAUCCUGUUGGUGGUGGUGCUACGACAUUCAGACGCAACACAGUCAAGUUCUUUCUUGAUAAUGCCUACUUUGACUUGAUCAAGGGUAAUGCAGGUGAGAUUCAAGCAGUGGCUGGCAGAGCAUCCAUGAUGCGAGGUGUCGACUCACUGGAUGCGAGCAACUUGUCUGAUCGAUGUGCUCUUGCCAAAGAUUUGGCAAACAAGCUUGGCAAUAUUGUUGUGAUUUCUGGUGUUGAGGAUGUGGUGUCGAAUGGUGACUUGACGGCAGUGGUGCGUGCCGGCCAUCAAUAUCUGGGUGACGUUACAGGGUCAGGUUGCUCACUGGGCUCUACGCUCUCCGCUUGUCUCGCAGUCUCACCACACGACAAGUUCAGUGCUGCACUGGCAGGGCUGUUGUUGUAUGGUCUUGCUGCUGAACGAGCGGCCGUGAGUGCACAGGGACCAGGUACAUUCGUGCCAGCGUUCAUUGAUGCACUGUAUCAUUACUCUGAUGGUGGAAAGGACUUCCAAGCUGCUCUAGGGGCUCGUGAGAUAGUGACGUUCGUAUGAGAGUAGAGCCUCUGAUGCCCUUCAGUUCCAUCUCGUCGGAUAUUGACUGUCGCUCGACUGCUUCAGGAGAUUUG